AUCAAACACACACGUCCCUUCUCAGAGCUGCACUCAAUUUUUUUCCCCCCUUACCGUGCUAUUCUCUCUCUCCAUGCUGGAAUAAUGUGUGUGUGUUGUGUCAAGGUGUGUGUGUUGAUGUUUGUGUUGACUGGGGGCGGUGUUGGACAGAAUUACGGGCCCUCGUGUUACGGUGGAUUCGACCUCUACUUCGUCCUGGAUAAGUCUGGAAGUGUUCAGCAUCACUGGAAUGAGAUUUAUUACUUUGUGGAUCAUCUGGCACACAAAUUCAUCAGUCCUAAGCUCCGGAUGUCCUUCAUCGUUUUUUCGACAGAGGGCAGAACCCUGAUGGAGCUCACAGAAGACAGGGAUCAGAUACGAGCAGGACUGGAGGAACUACAGAGAGUAUUACCAGGUGGAGACACUUUCAUGCACAAAGGCUUUGAGCGGGCGAGUGAGCAGAUCUACUAUGCGAGUGGUGAUGGUUAUCGAAGAGCGAGCGUCAUCAUCGCUCUGACAGACGGAGAGUUACGUGAGACUCAGUUUGAUUUGGCAGCUAGAGAGGCAGGACGCUCGCGCCAGCUCGGAGCCACAGUGUACUGCGUAGGAGUGAAGGACUUUAAUGAAACUCAGCUGGCUACAAUCGCAGGCAGUGACGAUCAUGUUUUUCCUGUGAAUGAUGGAUUUGACGCACUGCAAGACAUCAUCGACUCAAUCCUGAAGAGAUCAUGCAUAGAAAUAUUGUCUGUUGAACCUUCAACUAUAUGUGCCGGAGAAUCCUUUCAGGUGGUGGUGAGGGGGAACGGUUUCCUCCAUGCGAGAGAUGAGAGACGGGUGUUGUGCAGUUUCCGCAUCAAUGACACCUUCACCGUCAUGAAGAAGCCUCUGGCUGUGGAGGACACAUACUUACUUUGUCCAGCUCCUGUGCUGAUGGAGGAGGGGGUAUCUGCCUCUCUCUUCGUCAGUCUGAAUGAUGGCAUCAGUUUUAUCUCCAGCUCAGUCAGUAUCUCAGCACACGGCUGUAUAGAUGGGACGGUGUUAGCCAUUGCGCUACUCAUCCUGCUGCUGUUGGUGAUUCUGAGCCUGAUUUGGUGGUUCUGGCCGCUCUGCUGCACUGUGGUUAUCCAUGAACCACCUCCACCUGUAAUACAGGAGAGCUCGGAUGAAGAGGAGGAUGAUGACGGCUACCUAAAGAAAAAAUGGCCGACGGUGGACGCGUCCUAUUAUGGAGGAAGAGGAGUAGGAGGCAUCAAACGCAUGGAGGUGCGGUGGGGUGAUAAGGGAUCAACUGAAGAAGGCGCAAAGCUAGAGAAAGCAAAGAAUGCUCGAGUGACUUUGCCUGAUGUGGAGUACGAGUUUGAGUUUACACCUUCACGCACGCUCAAUAACGGCAUGCGCAAACCCAUCUCUGCUCCUAAAUGGUACACACCCAUUAAGGGAAAGCUGGACGCUCUGUGUGUGUGGCUGAGGAGAGGAUACGAUCGCGUUUCUGUGAUGAGGCCCAAACCUGGAGAAAAGGGUCGCUGUAUGAACUUCACCAGGGUGAAAUCGUACCCUCCUCCUCGUUAUCCACACAAUAACGUCAACAAGAACAAAAACAGCACCGGGCACAUCUACAGUUUGCCCCUCAAUUCUACCCCACCUGCUCCAAAAGGCAAACUGCCUCCCACCCCAAACUGUAUUUACUCUCCCCACUCUUCAUACCCCGACCACUUUUCCUACCCCUCCUACCCUUCACACUCCCCGACCUCCUCUCUUCCUCCUCUCCCCUCCACUCCACCCCCUUCUGCCACCACUCCGCCUCCAUACUCUCCACCCCCUUCUCCUCCUCCAAGUUUUCAGACUUCGACUUCGAUACCAGCUUCUUGUCAGGCUCCACCUCCUUACUCGUCUCCAUCCAUGCGAGCUCCUCCUCCAUCCCGCCCACCACCACGUCCCUCCAUCUAAAUGGGAGGGGCUACUAAACUGAGGCAGAAAUCGCAACCUGUGCUUCUUUCCUGUUUCAAACGUGUCCACGUGAACAGCUUGACGUCGUCAGAUGAGUGGAGCUUAUAAACAACUUCGUCCAGCAUUUUAAGAAGGAAACUGCAGCAAUGCAUCCUGGGUACGUUAUGCCCCUGAUGACGACAGGCAUGUAACUCGAUCUAAUAACUAAAAGCGUAGUGUGAAUGGGAAGAUUUUUUUUUUGGAAUCAUGAGAUCUUGAUCUGGACCCUUUGGGGGGAAAAUGAUUGCGUCAUCACCGUGUUUCUGGAAGUGUGGAAUGGAGAGUGGAUUGGAACUAGGAAAUGUGGAACAUUCCUGAUUAAGCACAUUGAUGGAAAAUGUUGGGAAAUUUGGAUUCUAACUGCCAGCUAAUGAUGUCACAACGUUACAGCAGCUGACCAAUCAGCAGCUUCGAUUAAUCUCAUACAAAGUAGACCUGCACAAGCAUUACAGUCCUAUUCUUCUUGCAUUUCCUUCUCCACUCGUUCAUUCCAGCCUUCACUCCUUUUCUUACGUUAUUUUCCUUCACUCUUUUUUUUCCCCUCCAUUCUUUCAGCACAGCCUUGUUUUUCUCCAUUCUUCAUCCCUGUAUCAUUGUCUCCCAACAUUUUUACUUCCAUCUCUCUCCUUUUAAUCAUCCCUCUAUUUUCCCUUACUUUCUUUCUUUCGAUCAUUCCUCUAGUUUUCUUUCCCCUUCCUUCGACCCUGCAUAAAGUUUUUUUUUUGGUCCUUCAUUUUUUUUUUCUACCUUUCUUUCUUGCGAUCAUUAAGAGCAUCAGCCGUCCUCCGCAUCCCUUUGCACUUGAGUAAUCACAGACUCGGCUUUCUACUUUCAGAACAGUACGCGUGUGUUUGCACAAACGUUUGCUUUAAAGUAAUAGCGAUGGGAGAGAAUGAUGUAAAGGUGAAAUGAGGUGUUCAUUUUGUAUAAAACGGGAGAUUUUAAAUGUGUAUAUACAGCAGUAUCGUAUUUUGGACAGAAACGCAAUAAACGUUGGCAGAUUUUUCUUUUAGUUAUUGAUAAUGUUACAUCAAGUAAUAUAAUCAUUAAUGAAUUGUUUCUGAUAUUUGGGCGAUCAUCGUCAAAAAAUUCAUUUCCUUAUUUCUGUAUUUUCUGGAUGUAAACUUUAUUUUGCUUGUGAGAAUACGAUUGUAGCUCUUUCUAUGUGAAUUUUUUGGGGCAUUAAACGUAAACACGGAGCAUGUUUUGUACAUUCUUAACUUAACCUGAUCACACAAUUCACCAUGUAACUGUACACAGCAAGUACAAUUUUCUUUUUUUAAU